GCGGCGAGCGGCGCGCGGAGGCGGCGGCCGGUCGGGCGGUCGGAGGCCGGCGGCGCAGUCAGGAAGUGACAAGCCGGUUUCCUCCGGAGCCGCGGGACCCGCGCUCGGCGCCGCGGGGAGGUGCGCGGCGGCGGCGGCGGCGGCGGGGUCCGCCCGGAGCGCACGGGAGCGGCCGAUGGGGCGCCGCUGCUGACCUGCCCCUGGGAGGCGCCCGCCCGGGGCCGCGCCCCGCGCCUGAGGCCCUGCCAUGGUGAUGAUCCUGAGGAAGAGCCUCGAUGCCCAGGCCCCCGACGCCGACCCGGUGGCCAGCAGGUGCUUCGACUCUGAGCCGCGCCCGCCGGAGAAGAUGAGCCACGGCCCGACCCUGUUCUCCUGCGGAGGGAUGGAAAAUGACAGAUGGCGCGACCUGGACAGGAAGUGUCCCCUCCAGAUGGACGCGCCGAGCGCCGGCCUCUGGGAGCGCCUGCCCGCGCGGUGCCCGGACGGCGCGCUGUGGCCCCCGGAGGCGGCCUCCGCGGGCACCGUGACCAGCCUCAUCCGGGACCUCAGCCUCAGCGACCGCCGCGGGACCCCCUCCGCGCCGCCCAGCAAGCGCCAGUGCCGCUCCCUGUCCUUCUCCGACGGGCUGUCCGGCGGCCGGCCGUCCUGGCGGCCCCUGGGCUCCCGCGUCUGGACGCCCGUGGAGAAGCGGCGCUGCCUGAGCGGGGGCAGCGUGCCCCGCGCGGCCGGCCCGGGCCCCGUGCAGCGCAGCUCCAGCUUCAGCCUGCCGUCCCGGCCCGCCGCCCGCGCCUCGCCCGCCUCGCCCGGCGACCCCGCCGCCUCGCCCCGCCGCCCGGGGGGCCAGGCCGGCCCGGGGGACCCCUGGAGCCCGGGCCGGGGCCCCGCGGGCGGGCGGCUGGACAUGCAGCGCUCCCGGUCCUGCUCCCACGAGCAGUUCGCCUUCGCCGAGCUCUCGGCCUGCAGCUCGCCCGCCUCCACGCCCAAGCUGGCCCGGCGCCCCGGCGGGCUGGCCCGCAGCCGCUCGCAGCCCUGCGUCCUCAGCGACAGGAAGGCGGGCGUCAAGCGGCGGCGCCCCGAGGAGGGGCCUGAGCCGAGGCCCUCCCUGGACCUGGCCAAGAUGGCGCAGAACUGCCAGGCCUUCAGCAGCCUCAGCCUGAGCUCCGGGAUGGAGGACCGCGCCCCCCACAGCCCCUUCGCCCUGCACGUCGGCAGCACCAGGGCCUGGGCCGCCCUGUUCUCGGCCGCCGGGCCCGGGGGCAGGACUCCCGCCGGGACCCCGGUGCCGGAGCCGCCCGCCCCCUCCGUCGACGCCCUGGCCUGCACGGAGGAGCUGUGCUGGGAGGAGGCGGAGGGCGGCGCCCCGGGGGACGGCUGCGGCCGGCGGGGGGAGCCCGCCCCCGCCUGGCGGGACCGAGGGGCGCAGAGCAGCCCCUGCUCCCUGGACGGCGAGCUGGACAUCGAACAGAUAGAGAAUAACUGAGCGGCCGGCGGGCGGGCGCUGGAGGCGGAGCCCACUCCCGGCCUCAGAAGGCGUCCAGGAAGGAGCCGGGUCCCAGGAGCGCCCCUCCUCCCCGGAGGCUGCUGCCCGGAGACUCCGGCCCGGUGCAGAACAGAGCCGGGCCCUCACCGGCGCAGCCACGGCCUCGGGCCACAAGACACGGGCCCCACGCGUCCCAGGCGCCCGCCGGGCACUCCUCCCCGCUCUGCCUGGGGCCUGUGGGGCUCAGGCCCCCCGGGGUGUCCGGUCCCUCGGCCUCCAGCUCAGGUUCCUCUCCCUCAGUCUCACUCUGUGCCUUGCCUCCCGGCCCGCAGGCUGGGAAGGCUCAGGCGGCACCUCCUCCUGCAGCACAGACCGGAGCGGCCUUCCUUCCGAGUGAGAGACGGGCCAGGGAACAGCCUGGGUGCCCGGCAGAGGCCAUCGGGUGGGGCAGACGUGGGCGCAAAGACAGACCCGCUCACCUCGCCGUGUGCGGCCAGCCUGGCCCGGGCUCCCGGCCACUCGGACCCGCCCCACGGGGUUGACGGGGGCAGCUGUUCCCCAUGCCGCCAUCACUGGGGCGGCUUAGCUGAUCAGGAUCGGAGAGAUGGCACCGUGGGAGGGCAGCCUCUUGGAAACGCCCUCAGGAGGCGGGAGGGCGAGUAGGUGCCCACGCCAGGCCCGUGUCCAGGUCAGGGUGCGGUGUCGCUGGCCGCUCUGGGGCCUGGCUGAGGCCGGCACAGCCCCCUGUGGGAUUCCAGGCGCCUGCUCAGGGUGGGGGGCAUUCCCUGGGGCUGUAACCAGGGCGCCCCGUCCACCAGGGGCGGAGCCCGCCGCUCGGCGGUGGGAGGGGAGGGUGCUCAUUGCCACCUCCUUGCCGCAGCCCUGCCCCGGGCACAGAGCUCCAGGCACACGCACACCCCCUGCUCCUUCCCUCCCGCCCCCCGCUCCUCGAACCCUGCUCCUUGCCCUGACAGCCCUGGUGACGGCGAGGAGCCUGCCCCCUGAGACUUCACCCCGCCGCCCAGCUCGGCCAGCUGCAGACGACCGUGUGGCUGUUGGCAUCGGUCCUUAACGCCCUGGCACCUCCGCACAGCCACCGGGUGGGCUUGGGAGCCCUGGCUCCUCUUCCCGCAGCUAAGAGCAGCCGGUGCGGGCGCCCCGGGUUCCUGGUGGGAUCAGGCAGGGCCUCCCCCACAGCUCACCGCCCCGAGGACAGGCCCCGGAGCCCCACACCCUCAGUUUCCAUCGGAAGAGGUGGCGCAGGCCCGGGCGAACAGGCGGCUUUUCAGCAAAUGGCCGGGACGCUGGCAGAGCCCGGCCGUGGCCGUGGUGCUGGGACCCGGCUGGAGCAUGAUGGGGGGCGGGCUGGGGGAUGGGGAGGGGCGCAUCCCUCGGGGCGUGGAGACCAGAGCUGGAGGCUCAGGGUCGAUGAGCACAUCUCGCCCGUCCCCUCCAGGCGGGUGUGGGCGCCCCUGUUCUCGGCGGAAACCCACGAAGGCUGGGCCGCGGUCAGGUCACCGGAAGGCACCUGCCUUAGAGACCACGUGCUCCGUGUCCUCCCAGCCGGUGGGAGGCAGGGCUGGGCCCACCGCUCGAAGGCAGUCCCUCCUGGGAAGGAGAAGCCCGUCUCCCCGUCCACACAGCAGGCGCCCACGGCGAGGGGGCGGGGGCUGAGCCGGGCUGGGCAGCGGCCCCUGGUGCCGCUCCUGGGCCGGAGGAGGGGCCAUGUCGGGGUGGGGGCUGUCUCAGGGCUGCAGUGCAGGUGACCUCAGAGCCCUCCUCCCCCGUGCCCCGCAGUCCGCCCGCCAGGGGGCUGCUGGGAAGAGGGACUCCAGGCCCGGCAGGCUGGCCCUCUCCCGGCUCCUGGGCCCUUGGGACUGUGCUGCUCAGAAGCUCCUGGCCACACCCACACCGCAGCCGCUUGGGGAGGGAUGGCCCUGUCCCUUCUCAGAGGAGACAGCCUUGGGCUGGUUGUGUAUUUGGUUGGAGAGGGCAGGCUUCUAGAAGGUUCUGCACCUGCCCGGAGAGGCCCGUCUGCCCCCCCCCCUCUGGUCCUGGAGGGAGGCCCCGCUGACCUCGCCCCGCCCGAGCCUCCCUCGGCCGAUGCCCAUGGCCGCCUGCUCCGCGGGCACAGGGAGGAGGGCGGCUGCCGGGCCUGCGGGACAGAGCCGGGUUCUGGGGGGCGGCGGGUGGGGAGAGGCCCCUCUCACCCAGAGCAGCGCCCGCCCCAGCCGCCGGGCUCACGGCCGGCCUGGUGAACCUGCCCGCCCGGCCCGGCGGGCGCCGCCGGCCUCACGUUUACAUGCCGCCAUCUCUUGCCUUACUCCCGUGGCCGGCCCACGGCACACAGGGCCUGGCCACCGAGCUUCUGACCACACACACUUCCGCCCUCAGAAAGCCUUACUUUUCAACAAGAUUUUUGUAGCAGGAAAGUUUCGUGGAUUUGUAUCCGGAGGAAAAUGCCAAUAGAGAAGCCACGUGAUCAAACCAAA